CGCAUGCGUAAUAGCAUCAAAACAGGCCAAACGGUGCGAUCAAUUAUCGAAGAAAAAGGAAUUGUGAAUAGAAAAAGUUUAAAGAACUGUGUACAUUUUAUGAUGGAUUGGAAUUGGACAAAGGCAAGAAUAUAAAUGAUGGACCCAACAUAAAAUGGUAGCCAACCCACUUUCUGUGGCACACAAUAUGAUGUCAUUUAUGUCUAGAAAGAAAAAAUACAAGUUUCAUGUGACCUUUGACCUUGAAGAGCUUUCAUCUGUGCCGUUUGUUAGUGGAAUUCUCUUUGCCAAAAUCCGUCUUCUGGAGGGUGGAUUUUCUGAAUUGUCAGGGAGGAAGGAAGUGUACAACCAUUGUGUAAAAUGGAGCAGCAAGUUUUCAUUUGACUGUAAAAUGACCUCCAGUGCCAACACAGGGAUACUGGACCCGUGUGUAUGUAGGGUCUCUGUUAGAAGGGAAUUAAAGGGAGGUAAAUCCUACCAGAAGUUGGGUUUUGCUGAUAUCAACCUGUCAGAGUUUGCUGGUUCUGGUUCACAGCAGAGACGGUUCCUGCUGGAAGGUUAUGAUUCCAAGCAUCGGCAGGACAAUUCUACAUUGAAAGUGACAAUGACUGUCUCCUUGUUAUCAGGAGACCCUGUCUUUAAAGUGAUGACACAGUCCCAAUUUUUGGUACCUGGUGAAGAAGAGGAGAAUUGUGAGAGCAGAGUUACCUCCCCUGAGGAAAGUAGUCUGGCCUCAAACAGCAGUGGGUUUGGGAGUUUGCCAAGAAAAGACCGACCAAGUGUAAUAUCUAGAGAGGGAUCUGAGAAGGAGUUUGAGAGAAGUCAUUCACGGAAUGGAAGUUAUACAAGUCAGCAUUCACGGAAUGGUUCCAACUACGGUUCCCUGACCCACAGUAGACAAAACAGUAGUGGAACCAGUCAGGAAGGUCAUCCUACACAUACAAGAAGUCCGAGUGCAGGCUCAUCUCUCACAGAGUUUGCCAAGGCAGAACGGAGAAGAAAAUUUGAAGAAUCUUCAUUUAAAGAACGUCGUGUGGACCAGACUCGUGUAGAUGCUGAGGGACUCGUAGAAGAACUGCUCGCUUCAACUGAUCUCAAACCUAUUGAAAUGGAUGAAUCUGCUGGAUUGCAACUACUGGUUGGAAAGGACGGCACAAUGGCUCUUAGAUGAGGACUACAGAAUUUCUAGAAACAGAAAAAACAGAGUGUAUAUGUCCCUACAAAAUCAAAUCUCACAGAGUAGAGCAACAGCUAUAUAACAGCAGUAUUUACAUCAAGCUUCAUCCAAACUCCAGAACAAAUGUUGGCAUUAGAUGCUUUAUAUUUAAAAUGUGUAGAAGUGACACAUUGUUAAAUGAGAGAGUGCAAUAGGUACAGGCAUUAUUUUUGUGGUAUAUCGGUGCUGAUGUCUAGCAGCGGCAUCUUAUAAAAAUGUUUAAAGUAUCAAGUUAAUACGAAAUUUUUGUAACUGCAUCUUAAUCAUUAUACAGUUACAAUGGAUUUAUGAAUGCUACUAAUAAUUGCAUGGGUAUUAACAGUAAGCUUACCUUGAAAAAUUAUAAAUUUUACUUAGUAAGCCACAUACCCUGGUAUAUGAAUAAGAAUUAUUGGGUACAUUUUUGUAGUUCGAAUUCAAAAUUAUGGCAGACACAUUAUAAGCCUUUAAGGUGUAAUGAAUUUCAUAUUGAUUAUAUUAAGAAAUAAAACAAUUUGGAAUUUAUUAUACAGUUUAUAUGUGCUGGAUAAUAAGUUAGAGUGAAGGAAAGUAUGCAAGUCAAAGAAGUUGGACUGUUAUUUAAUUUGACUUAUUAAGACAAAAAUGUCAAGUUUUCUGAAGAAGUUAAAUGAUGUGUGAUUCUCUUAGCUUUGUCAUGGUAAUUUGUAUAGAUGUCACACAAUGUGUUGCUAAGGAGAGAACAAGUUUUUACUGUGCUCAGUGAUUCCCCUACAAUGUGCCUGAGAUCAACAAAAACCUCAUAUGAAUACAUGUGUAUAUAUGUCAUAUGCAUCAAAGAUUAUUUAUCUAAAAUGAUACAUUAAUGUCGGCUUACUUGAACCAAAGGUUCGGGGUUCAAUUAGUAUAGGUGUGUAGUCUGACAUCCACCAUUUAUUGUUUUUGAAAUCAAUUUUCCAUGACCCGUUUGGUGGAUCUUCACAAAACUUAGGUUGGGAGCAUGCUUAUGCACAGACGUCUCAAAGUUAGAAAUAUUUCGAAAGCUUCAACAAGGGAAGUUCACAUAUAGUAAUACGAUGUGUUUCCAUCAUCAGGUGAGUGACUAAGGGGCCGUUUAAACUGCUUCAUUCUUGUUCAUAUAGGAACUGCUGCUCCUAAAGAAACGGGAGAUUUCUUUGUUCUGAACAAUUAGAUGUCUUGUUUGUUUAUUUGUUAAGUCUGUCACGAGAUUUUCCUCUGCAGGAAAUCUGAAUUCGUAGACAUUAAUUUUCUCUCAUAGGCCUAAGUAAAAAGAUUUAAGAUUUAAUUUUGUUGCCAACUGAUCUUUAUAGACACUUAAAAUGUGUUUUUGAGUAUACAGUGUAACAAAUUUAUUUCAAUAAUGUCUGGUUCUAAGAAUAUUUAAAAAAAGAUCUACUUGUUCACAACAUGUGCACAGUCCUUUCUAAUUAUCUAGAAGUUAAAACUAGGUUUUAAUCAAUGACUGUUAAAUGUAUUUGUUAGUUAACUGUGUACAGUGAAAUACUGCUCCCUUGAGCAUCGUGUCUAGAGCACCUGUGCUGACUCAAGCAAUUGAUGUUUUCUGCAGCAGUUUUCCAUAUAUUUUCUAUGUUUGGAUGGCUAGAAACCCUGAAUAACUUGUGCAUCUAUGUCCAUCCCCUUGCAGUUUGGAGCAGUCGGUGUUUCACUGUACUCAUGUUAGUAGGAAAAUGUUCUCAAUUGUAUGCUUGUAUUAAUAUAGUGACUAUACCCUGUGACAAAAACUUUUUUAAUUAUUUGUAUUGCUUUUAAGUUUGGACCAUUAAUUAUAAAAGGCCACUAUAUGUUUGAUUAUAAUAACACACUCAUACAUGUGUAGUUUAUUUUUGUUUACAGAGCUGUAAUGGCUUUCAGUCAUUUUGUACUUUCUAAUUAUACUGACAAUAUAUCUGGAAGAAAAUAUGUAAACAGCUGUUGCUUAAAAUGUAAAAAGAGUAGGCAGAAAACAUUGUUGGUUUAGACAUGCUGAUUAUUAUGAACAUUAUUGGACAGACCUUAGGUCCUUUCAGAAUAUAUUUGGAGAUGGUAGUCAAUAAAUGCCAGCCUUAAAUACUCAGAAAAUCUUUUAGAUAUGUUUUUAUGAAAUGGCUGGUUGUGGAAUAUUUUAAGUGUGUUUUUAACACUUUCUUGUGUCAGUAAAAGCCAGUUUGUUUUAUUAUUUAAAUUAAUUAAUAAUUAAUUAAUUUAAUUCAUUUAUAUUUAAAAUCAUAUCAUUUUCAUUAGGGCAUUUUACAUUUCUUUCAUAAACAGCGAAAACCUCUGAUCAGAUUUUAUCAUGGAUCCACCUGGGAGAGGCCUAUGGUUCUACCCAAGUGCUUGCUCUUCCCGGAAAUAAUACUACUUGCUGUAAUUGACAAAUAAAUGCUUUAAUGCAACCCAAUUACAUAUAAUAUGAGCCGCGCCAUGAGAAAACCAACAUAGUGGGUUUGCGACCAGCAUGGAUCCAGACCAGCCUGCGCAUCUGCGCAGUCUGGUCAGGAUCCAUGCUGUUCGCUAACAGUUUCUCCAAUUCCAAUAGGCUUUAAAAGCGAACAGCAUGGAUCCUGACCAGACUGCGCGGAUGCGCAGGCUGGUCUGGAUCCAUGCUGGUCGCAAACCCACUAUGUUGGUUUUCUCAUGGCACGGCUCAUAUAACGUUUUUCAUGUUAUAUUACAAGUAUCAUUGUGUAACAUUUGCACUGUAAUUUAUUUAUUCAAAGGGCAUCUUAAUUAUAUUGUGAUCCAGAAUAAUCAUUUAACACAUGUUUGUAUUCAGUUGCAGAUCUAUAUUUAUUAUGUAUUUUUUGCUGUUUUUGUUUCAAAGCAAAUUGUAAGUCAUGAUUAUGUUAAACUGGUCUUGAUCUUGCAGUGUUAAGGAAAAUUAUUUAAGGGUAGGUAGGCUAAUAUCUGUUAAAUGUUUUAGCUUUACUGGUUUUAAUGGAGAAAAAAAGAAACCCAGUAACUGAAAGUCAUAAAAUUGUUAUUGUUUUUUGCACAAGUUAAACUACGUUAAUUUACUGUUUGCCAGAAAGGGAGGUAGGUUUUUUAAAAUGUACAAUUUAAGGUUUGAUUUCAUUACAAGUGUAAACUUGGUUUCUCGAACUCACUUAUGUUGAAACUCAGGCAAUCUUGCAGAGAUUUUUAAGUCUGGUCAGAGUUACUUCUUAAAGUAAAACUGUGUAAGUAAGAUUCAACAAAACUGCCACUUAUUGUUGUAUCAAAGUAAACUUGGAUAUUGUCCCUCAAAUUCCUGUGAUUUACUCCUUGAUGUGUCAAAGAAGAAAGUCGUUGCCUGAAUAAAGGAUAGACCAUGCUAAAAUAUGAAAUAAGUAAAUUGUAUAACAAAAUUUGCUUCCAACUGCCUGGUAAUGUCAAACCGUAUGUUAAAUGUAAAUGUCAUGUAAACCUGUAUAUGGGGCUAUGGGAAUGUUCUUGAAAAACUCCAACAAGUUAUCUCAAAGUAAAACACUCUGUCCUAUGGAAUUCAGAAUACAUGUGUGUCAUUAAAUUUUGUAAUUUAACAGUUGACCAUACCCAAAUUUCCUUGAAUAUUUUAAUGGCACACAAUGGGAAUCCUUCACAUUUUCCUUGAAUUCCAUCUAUAUAUAGAAGCAAGAGCAUUGACUGCCCAAGUAACUUACUUUAACUUCUCAGUGAUCUCUUAGAUAGCAGAAGUACGAGUUCUUGUCUGAAAACUAAUUAUCAGUACAUAAGUUCAUAUAAAGUUAAUUUAAGAAAUAAUGUAUAGAAAAACAGUGUUUUAACAGUAUUAAUGCACUGAAAGAGGUUAUACAUCUGUGGAAUAACUUCAGGAGGGUGUAACCCGUGUGAAUUCUUCUGGCGACGUAUAACUGAUUUUGAGUGUAUUAAUUUAGGUAAAACACGAUUUUGCUAUACAUUAUUUCGAUUCUAAUAUGCCCUUAAUCUAAAUCUGUGGAUAAAAUAUAGCAGCGCUCUUUCUUGGUUGCAACAAAAAUAUUGACGUCAUCGCACGUUAACAUGACGUCAUUUUAGCAUAAGCUUGUUUUAACAGAAACAAGCAUAUUAGAAUAAGAAAUAAUGUAUAGAAAAACCGUGUUUUAACGUUAUUAAUACAUGGAAAGAUGUUAUACAUCCGCGGAAUAAUUUUACAAAGGUGUAGCCCAGGUGAAUUAUUCUGACAACGUAUAAACGAUUUUGAUUGUAUUAAUUGAGGUAAAACAUGAUUUUGCUAUACAUUAUUUCAAUUCAAGUAUGCCCUCAAUCUAAAACAGUAGAUAAAAUAUAGUGGUGCUCUUUCUUGGUUACAGCAAAAACAUUGACAUCAUCACACGUUAAUGAGACGUCGUUUUAGCAUAAGUGUGUUUUAACAGAAAUGAGCAUAUUAGAAUAGGUGUUAAUUAGGCUGUUUGAAGUUGUUCACAAUCAUGUAUCCUUAUUAGUGCAAGUAAAUGUAAAGUAUGCUUAGAUUUCAAUGUUUUAUUCUUAGUAGUUCUUUUUAUUUGUAAUUAAUGUAAAUAAAGCUUUAUGUGAUACUUUACUGCUGUAUUGUAAGUCUCAGGUCUUACAAAACCACCAUUGUACGCUAGCUAUAUGUUUUUAUCUUGGUCUGUGUUCAACACUGUUAUAACUUACAUAUGUAGACACAUGAAUGCAUAGGUUUCUAUUCUAUAUUGGCAUUGAUCCUCUGUAACAGUAAGACAAACUUCCUUUAUGCCAGUUUUUGAGAAGAUCUUUAUGCCCAUAAGGCUUUUAAGUUUAUUAUUUGAAGAAAAAAAAAAAGGAACUGUCUAAAUGAGCCGUGCCAUGAGAAAACCAACAUAGUGGGUGUGCGACCAGCAUGGAUCCAGACCAGCCUGCGCAUCCGCGCAGUCUGGUCAGGAUCCAUGCUGUUCGCUUUUAAAGCCUACUGCAACUAGAGAAACUGUUAGCGAACAGCAUGGAUCCUGACUAGACUGCGCGGAUGCGCAGGCUGAUCUGGAUCCAUGCUGGUCGCAAACCCACUAUGUUGGUUUUCUCAUGGCACGGCUCAAAUAGAGAAUCUGCAUACUUACAUGGUUAGGGAAAUAUCAGUUAAAAUAUUGCUCAUGAACUUUUACAACAGCCACAAAGGGAGAUAAUCAAGGUGAAUGGAUUCAGUAAUAUUUUCCAUUAUGGUGAUCUAAUAUUUAGAUCUCAGAUAACAAGAUUCCAAAAGAGGAGAUAACAAGAAAUUAAUAUAUUUAUGUUCAUGUCAAAAAAUGUGUCAUCCACAUUGUUACUUACCAUCACAACCCUUCAGUACUAGAUUCCAAUUUAAGUAGAAAUUUUUCCCUUUUUAGUGUCCCAGUGGUAGUCCCUAAGUUAUUGAUGAAAUUAUGUCAUACGUACGUGCCAUCUCAAAACCAAAAAUUCACCAUACAAAACUAUUAUAGUUGUCAAGAUUUUGUGACCAUAAUUUUAUUAAGGAAAUAGGAAAGUAAAUUACUUUGUAUAUAAUAAUUUAACUUAAAGACAGUAUGUGUAAACAAAUAUUCAUUAAACUUGACAAGAUAUAAAAGGAGUAUUUUUUUUCGGGGGUGGGGAGGGGGGGGGGGGGGGGGGGGGGGUAAGAGUUUCAUAUAGACAUUGCACUAAACUCGGACCUAAAAUGUUAUGAAAACAAUUUAGGACAUGUAUCUACAUACAAGAUUCUGUACACGGAUCAGAGGUCAGACAAUUGGUGCUACUUCAUAUUGUUUUUACAGUUAGUAUUUUAUCAAGUUGUAAUGUAGGAAGUAUUCAGUAUUGGAAAUAAGCCAGUUCUUCAGUUAUUGGUUCUACUCCCUUGACUAACUCAUGACAGUAAGCUUGUAUUUUGACAUUUUGUGUUAAUGCAAAAUUCUGUAAGUUGUCUCGUAUAGAAGUUGACUGAAAAACUAAACAUGUCUUCCUUUCUAUAUUUUUGCUUUGCUGGUUUACUUUUCCAAUUGGAACAAAUUUUCUUCACACCCUUUUAGAUAGUUUUGUGCAUUAAAAGAAUUUGGAUAUGGUACAAAAUUAAAUGCAUUUAAGCAAAUGUGAUUUUCCCUCCAUAAUGGAUUUCUAAUGAUAUUAAAUGAUCUAGACAUUUGCUGGGCCAAAAUUCUGCAAGUUCUUUGUAUUUAAUAAAUUCACAGCCAUUGAACUUUGUUUAAUUUAAAAAAAAAAAAAAACAUGAAAAUUAGCAAAUUCUGUGUUGGUUGUUUUGUUGUAUUGUUCCUUGCUAAAAUCAUCUGAUAAGCACUUUUGAACAUGUUGAAAAGUGUGCUAUAUAAAUGUGGUAUAAUAAUAAUAACUUGUGGGAACCUAUACACUACUACUUGUGGGAACCUAUUCAGUACUAGAGAACAUGUAGGCAUGGUAAAACUAAAUUGUUUCCAACUAUUGUUGACAUGAUCAAUUUUCAUAAGGUUUUCAUAUCUGUUAAAAUUAGGUUGAACAUAGCCGUUUCUGUUAAAAACUAGAAGAAGAAAAAAUAACAAAAGAUCAAGUGCUUGGGAUUAUUUUUGAUUUUGCAGUACUUUCAAAAAGUAGAGCUUUAAAAUUAAUUUGCAAAAAGGUCUCAGUUUAUACAGAAGUAGAAUGAUUGACUUACAUACAAUUGUAUUUGAUCUCUUCUUUGUGUUGCAUACAUAAACGCAUUUUCUCAGUCGUAUGUUAUCAGUGACAAUUGUUUUUAUGUUUUAUAUUGUAAGACAUAAAGGGUUACAUGGGAGAUUUCUGAACUCCUUAGAACAGUAUGUGAUAAUUUUUUAUUGUCUCAAUCUCUCAUUUCCAGAGCUUUAUGGUAUAGGUAAACAGGUAUAGGUAAACAGACAGGUUACGGGAUAAAAUCAUUGAAAGCCAGAAAUUUACAUUCAGUAGAUUUUUCAUCAUAAAAAAGGUAUCUUGGUUCUUUUUAUUUGACUACAUCACUGUUAAAUCAUUUUGUAAGUAAUUUAAAUGUUACGUACUAGUGUUGAUAGAAUUAAACAUCUUGAUUUUCCAAUAUGUAUAUUUUUUUUUUUUUUUUUUUUUUUUUUUUUUUUUUUCAUUUUAGUUUUGUUCCCACUGCUUCCUAUUAGUUUCUGUGCUAUUUUAUGGUGGAAACUUUUCUUGUAGCUGUGAUCAUUAUAUGUUAUAGUAUUUUUAUGUCAUUUUGUGUUUAUUACAUGGCGAUUGUAUAAUGUAAAGUUUAUACCCAUUGUGCUUACAUUGCUUAUUGCCACUUAAAUGGCCCAUUUUCAACAUGGUUGAACAGUCGGCCAAAUAAGAAGAUGAUUGGGAUUUUUUUUUAUUCAAAGGAUUUUUUUAAUUUAAGACAAAUAUUGAUAAAAGAAAAAAAAAAGUAGGAAAAAAAAAAACAUUAAAUAUUUCUCUUUCUUGUUUUUUGAUGCUGUUAAAUUAUAUAGUAAAACAAACAGAAGUAAGGUUUGUGCAACAAAAAUAUCAUAAAAGACUCAUAUAUAUUUAGUAAUUACUUUGUGUUAACAUGUUUCCUUGUGUUACUAGUCUAUCCAAUAAAUGUUUUGUGUUCUGAGUAAGAAAAUAUUGCUGAUAUCUGUCUUUCAUUACCAAAAAAAUCCUAAACAAAAACCCUUAAAUUGUAAAUACAAGUAGUAAAUUUAUUCUGAAAGUAUAUUAAGCAUUGUGUUAAGUGUGUAACCUUAUGCUCAUAGUAUAAAAACUAUUAUCUGUUUAUUUUCUUGCCAUUGACAUAAUUUGUGUCUAUUACCAAUGACAAUAUGAAUAUAGUUCAAAGAUGUAUUUAUGAAUGCACGUAUUUCAUUUACACUAAUAUACAUGUAUUAAUAACCAGUAUAUAAAAUAAUUAGACCUUUUAUGGACGCCCAUUUGAUUUAUAUUGAUUUCUGUUGACAAAAUUACUAAAACGUCCACAAUAUAUUUUAAUCCAAUUUAAAUACUGUCAAUAUAUGGUGCAAGCCUUUACUGAUUUUCAAAAACCCAACAUAGUGUAAUUUUUCAUAUAGUUAUAUUUGCAAGAAACUGACAAAUUUUGUAUUCUUUAAACAUUUUAUUAUCUGAAAAUGAUAGGAAGUUGAUCAUAUUACAUUUAUAAUCUAUGAUUGGUGUGUAUCCUAAUACUUGGUAUACACUAAAGUGAAUGUCAUAAUAAAUGUACAAAAUGUUUUGUUUAACCACCUGAACUUUGUGUUGCGUUACUUUCCAUAAUGUUUGUGUCAGCCAUUGAAAAACGAAAUUAUUGUUCUGCAUAUAGAUAACAAUUUCACUUUUCUAUAUGCAGAACAGUAAUACCAAAUACCAUAAUUGCACAAGUGCCUUCUAAAUUUCAUCAUAUAAUAUAGAAAUAUUAACAGUUGUUAAUUUGUUAAUGUCCGAAGAUUUCAUAAUGUUAUCAUAGAGCAGUUUGUCCAUUUGAAAGGUACAGUUCUUCAUAGACAUCAAGUGACCUGUUUUCAUUAUUAUUGUUCUCUGGACUAAAUUUACGAAUGUAAAUAUCUCCACUGAUCUGUAAUUUUUAAGUAAGUAAUGCCAUGGUAAAAACAUGAGGAGCUUGAUGAUAAUAGUUACAUAGCUGCAGGACUUAAAAGUAAUGGUGGCGGCCUUCAGGUCCGAGUGGUUAAGGAAUCUAAUCUCAAAUCACUUGCCCCUCAUUGAUGUGGGUUUGAGCCUCACUCGAGGGCGUUGAAUUCUUCAUGUGAGGAAGCCAUCCAGCUGGCUUACGGAAUGUUGGUGGUUCUACCCAGGUGCCCGCCCGUGAUGAAAUAAUGUACAGAAGGGCACAUGGGGUCUUCCUUCACCAUCAAAGCUGAAAAGUCGCCAUAUGACCUAUAAUUGUGUCAGUGCGACGUUAAACCCAACAAAACAAAUAAAAGUAAUGCUAUCAUAAUGAAGUUGUUCAUUUAAACUUAGUGGUAGUCCUCACAAACAUUUCUUGACAUCUCAGUUUCAGUGCUUGUGUAAUUUUUACAUUUUACUUAUUAUAAUAAUAGAUAUGAGGAAUAAUUUAUGUUGAUACUACUACAGGAUUUGAGUAAAGAAAAGUUGUGUUUUGAAAAACAAAAGCUAUUUAACCCUUAGCCUGCUAAAUUUCUAAAAUGGACUGUUCCAUCAUUCAGUUUGGGCAAUACCAUUUAUUAUUCGAAGGGUUGUUCACUGAAAAUUUACUAACUGAAUAGCGAACAGUGCAGACCAUGAUCAGCCUGCACGGAUGUGCAGGCUGAUCUUGGUCUGCACAGGUCGCAAAGGCAGACUAACUCCCCGCUAACAGGCUAAAGGUUAAAAAAAUGCUUUUUUUGGUGUAAUAUAAGUUUCGCUGAUUGAGGCUCCUGUUGAAAGGUAUUGACAAAAACAUUUUGGAUUCAGAAACCGACACCAUAUUUUCCGAGUUAUUUUAAUGUUCAGUUCCUGUAUAAAGUGACUCUCAGUAACGUUUGUGAUUAUGUCUGUUAAAUUUUCAAGGUCAACUUAUUUCUGUUACUUAUAAAUUUUAAGUUAGAAUUGAUAUGUGAGCUUCCACAUAACAAAAUAGUACCUAUAAUGAAAAAGAUGUCAUUUUUCAGAAGUAUGGUCUGAAACAGAAUACGCAAAGAGUUUCUUAUUUAAAUUGGCCGUUUAUUUCUUAGCCCUAAAUAAAUUCUUUGUUUCCGGUAACAUGCUCAAAAAAAGGGGGUCAUGCCUUCAGAGCAUCAGUAAAUUGAUUUCUAACUGAACAUGUUUAAAGCAUAAAAAGUGCAGUUUUGCAACUUUUUGUCAAAAAGUUAAAAAAAAUAUUCACCAAGGCCAUAAAAACAUUCAGGGUCGGGCCAAAAAUUUAGGGUAGGUCAGGAUACCGGAAACGAACAAUUUUAUUUUUUUUACGCCUUAAUGCACUAUUAACAAUUGUCAAAAUGAAUCAUUUAAAAAUAUGUAAUUUAAUUACUUUUCUUAAUUAAGAUAAAACCCGGUCACAAGCUGGAAUAGUGUCUUUAGUUCAUAUCAAGAUGAUAAAAUACCAUUGUUAAAUUGAAAAUAACAUUAAAUGGUACCUUUUGUUGGUUUUCAUCUGUUUAUGUUAUGAAUGUAUUGUUAUUGUUUUUAGAAAACUCAUGUACAGUCAAAAUAUUUGAUAGGUCUAGUUUGUUUUUUCUUUGCAUAGUUUAUACUGAAUAUUAUGAUAUACAAAAUGUAGUAACAAUUUGUAUAAAAAAUAAUAAAACAUCUAUGAUGCUAGAGAA